AAGUGCAGAGAGGGUGGAUGGGGCUUUCCGAUGCAGAGGGCAGAAAAAGAGCAACAGAGGGGGUUUAGAGUGGGUGACGUAAAACAGCAAUUGAGGGGAAAGAAAAGAAAUUGUUCCCCUGCCUGCAGCAGAUGAACUUAGACAUAGUUACUAAAAGACUGAGAGAGCAAAAGUGACAGACAAACCGAAGAGACAGAAGAAGACAAUUGACGCAAUCGUGUGGGCCAGUGUGACUACAUCGAAUUCCUGGUAACAUAAACAGAAGGAUCGAGACCUCACAUCAAGCUUCAAGUGACCAUGAUUGGUGUGUAAGCGAACAGACUUCAUAUGACUGCACAAGACUCUUCACACUGACAGAAUCGAACUGAAACAACUUUUGACCACAGCAAGAUGGGAGACGAUAAAUGCCAAAAAUGUCCGAAAGGAAAAUUUAUGCGUGCCAAAUGUAACUCAUCACAAAGUACAGUGUGCGAAACCUGCCCCCAUGAUCAAUUUAUUGAUGUGGAAAACAGUGUGACCGAGUGUCGGCCCUGCAGAAAGUGCACCAGCGACAGCUAUCUGGUGGUGGAAAAGGAGUGUCAGGCAGACAAAAACACUCAGUGCAAGUGUAAACCAGGAUACUACUGUAAACACCCAACUGAUAACAAUUCUUAUUGUGAUCACUGCACUUCUGUCUCCAACUGUCCUCUGGGGCAAGGGGUUGCCAUUCAGCACACACCCACAACUGACACUGUAUGCAAACCCUGUCCUGAGGGCACCUACAGCGAUAAGGUGGACAACUGGUCCAGCUGCAAAAAUCACACAAGUUGUGAUGAUUUGGGUCGACAGGUGAAAAAUCCCGGGACCAACAUAUCAGACGUUCAGUGUGGAGAUUAUAAAUGUAAUUUAACUUGUUCUUGGGCCUUACCUGCUAGUCUAUGGACAGGAUUUGUGCUAUCUGUCCUGGUUGUAUUUCUAGUCCUGUAUAUAAUUUACAGGAAAAACAAACGGCGGUCAAAAUCAUCAGAGAUUACCUUAAGCACAAUCUCACCAGUGCUUCCUCCAGACAUCCUGAAAUACCCUGCUGACUGUGAUGUGGAGAAAUGUGCAGAACUUCACCAUUGUCUCACACAUAUAGAAAAUUACCCAGACCUGGAUGGCAGCAUACAGAGUGAUGGAGCUAAACCAUUGAUGACAAUGUCACCAAAAUACAGUCAAUCGACUGCUGCAGGUGAAUAUGCAGACAGCAUUAUGAAGUACUCCAUCUGUCAGUCGGAGCCGCAGGAAUCUGAAUGGACUGAUUAACUUUGGCAAUGUAGCUCACUAUUAACCUGACAAGUGUCUGUGCUAUCAACUGUUUUUUUUUUUUUUUUUUCAUUUGAUCAGUGUUCUGCUUAAUUGCAGUCUGGUUGAAUAUGUGUGUAAAUAACUAGAUUUUUAUUUUUAUAUAUUUUGUAAUGUAUAAACAUGAAUAUUCAACAAAACCCCAAGUGAACGAAAUUCUAGUUGCUCUUUGCUGAGGUAAAAACUAAAGUAUACGACAGUAUUUAUGGCAAUUUUCAGUUCACCAUAGUUAAUACACAGUACGCUGUAGCAUUCAUUAACAUUGGGUAGUAAAUACUACACAGUUGAAUUGUAGUAUAAAUUAAUUUACUAUAGUAUUUUUUCAUGUGGGUAGACUAAUGUUGUCCUAAGAUGCUUGUUGUUUUUAUGUUUCAAACUAUCAUUUCAAUAAACUUUUGGUAUUUUCAAUAA